AUACGAGGCAUAAACGAGCUCCAAAGCGCACAAAUUGCACAUGAGAGAGCCACCAUGCUUACACAGUCUCUUCUCUAAGAAACUCGUGCCCGCUCAACCCUGUAUCAAAACAUGAUUCUCCCCUCACACUCGUCCAUUGUGAAACCCAGGGAAUCAAAUAUGUACCCACCGAUUUCAAGCUCCUGGUCCUUCUCUCCGGCCGCAUCCAGCUCCAGCUGCGCAAUCUUCGCCUGGAUCUGCUUCUGCUGCUCUGACGGGUCUGUGACCUUCUUUGCCUUGCCCUUCUUCGCAGUAGACGCGGGUGCUGGAGCGGGCGUGGGAGCCAUGGCGGCGGCACUGGACAUUGGCACGGCUGGGUGCGAGUCGAGUCUCUACGGCGAUUGCGAUUCCAAUGUGGUGCGAUGGUUCGAAUCUGACGAUUCCGGACCACAGUCACGUAUUUCCAGUCAGAGAGGCGCUUCAGACCCUUGGGACCUUGAACACCUCCUAAGCAUUCCCUAAGGCUCCCAGGAGGCACGACUGAAGUUUACGGGUAGACCGAGCCGUAAAUAUUCGCAGGCAGGGUGUCCGGGCGAAGUCGAGACGGUAUAUCGAGUGGACG